UGGCUGAAAUUGAAAAUAAGCGUGUUGUACUCUGACACUAUAACCCCACAAUAUUGGUCGUUUACUCCCAUGAAUCAUCCCAGAAUUUUCACUUCAUCUUCUUCAUCUUUUCUUUCAUAUUCUCUGUUUUUCUUCUCUUUUAAAUUUCAAUAACAAAUUCAUCAGAUCAUAAGGUGGAUAAACUUGUUGGUGAAGCUGUUACAAGAUUAAAACUUUAAAGGUGUGCAUUGACGCCCACCAACUGUUUGUGAAAAGUCCUCUGAGAACAAAUUGAUAACAUGAGCAACCUGAGGCUAGGAGUUGAGGUCAAAAGCGCCCACGGGCUUAUACCGAAAGACGGUCAGGGUUCGGCUAGCCCGUAUGUGGAGCUUCACUUUGAUCAUCAGAAGUUUGUAACUACUGUUAAAGAAAAGGAUCUUGACCCGAGUUGGGACGAGACUUUUUAUUUCAACAUUUCGGACCCGAGCAACCUGCAUAACCUUAAACUUGAUGCAUAUGUAUACAACAGAACAAAAGGAGGAAUUAACCCAAAAAAUUUCAUGGGUAAAGUUCAUAUCCUUGGGACUUCAUUUGUACCUUAUUCGGAUGCUGUUGUUUUCCAUUACCCUUUGGAAAAAAAGAACAUUCUUACGCGUGUAAAAGGCGAGUUAGGUUUGAAAGUGUUUCUCACUGAUAACCCGUCGGUUAUGUCAUCGAAUCCACUUCCUCAGAUGGAUACUUCCUCUCAUGGCCGAAGAGAAUCGAAAGAUUCAAGAAGAACGUUUCAUCAUUUGCCGAACUCCAACGCUGUCCAACAACCGCAUAUUCCUUCGCAGCAACCGUACAUGGCAGAUAUGAACCAGCCGCAGCAAGCAUACGCAUACGGAGUUGACGAAAUGAGAAAUCAAAGUCAAUUUCAAGGUCAAUCGAAGGUUGUGAGGAUGUACUCUGGAUCUUCAUCGCAACCGAUGGAGUAUGCUCUUAAAGAAACAAGCCCGUUUCUUGGCGGUGGGCAGGUGAUCGGGGGACGCGUUGUGACCCGUGAUAACCGUCGAGCGAGCACUUACGACCUCGUGGAAGCAAUGCAGUUCCUUUUCGUUCGCGUCGUGAAAGCACAAGACCUCCCGAGCAUGGACGUGGCCGGAAGUCUCGACCCGUUUGUUGAAGUACGGGUCGGGAACUAUAAAGGGAUCACACAACAUUUUUCCAAAACAUCAAACCCGGAAUGGAACACGGUUUUCGCAUUCUCUCGAGAAAGAAUGCAAGCGACCGUAUUAGACGUUGUGGUUAAAGACAAAGACACGAUAAAAGAUGACUUCGUUGGGCUCGUUCGUGUAAAUCUUCACGAUAUUCCAACAAGGGUCCCACCGGAUAGCCCGUUAGCUCCAGAAUGGUAUCGGCUGGAGGACAAAAAGGGUGAGAAAAAGAAAGGUGAGCUAAUGCUUGCAGUCUGGAUGGGGACACAAGCCGAUGAAGCCUUUCCCGAUGCUUUUCUUGUGGAUCAAGCAACGAACAACGUCGAUAGCGCUGUUUCUUCAAUGUACACUCGCUCGAAAGUCUACCAUUCGCCAAGACUUUGGUACGUUCGUGUUAACGUAAUCGAGGUUCAAGAUCUCAUUUGGGGUGAAAAAAACCGGUUCCCGGAUGUAUACGUAAAAGUACAGAUUAAUAACCAUGUUUCGAAAACAAGAUCGGUUCAAGCAAGAAACGCAAAUGCGUUAUGGAACGAAGAUAUGUUGCUGGUAGCUGCUGAGCCGUUUGAAGAUCAUUUGAUUCUUACUAUCGAAGAUCGAGUGGGACCCAAUAAAGAGGAAGCUUUGGGGAAGGUGUUUAUACCGUUGAAUAGUAUCGAGAGACGUGCGGAUGAUCGGAUGAUUCCUUCGCGGUGGUUUCAUGUUCAAGACCAUGGUGAUCACGAUGUUGAUGAGAAGAUGAAGAAGAAAGAUAAGUUUGCUACUCGGUUGCAUCUUAGAGUUUGUCUAGAAGGCGGGUAUCAUGUUCUCGAUGAGUCAACUCAGUACAGCAGCGAUCUCAGACCGAGUGCUAAACAGCUAUGGAAGCCGUCGAUUGGGAUACUGGAAGUCGGUAUUCUAAACGCUAGUGCACUUCACCCUAUGAAAACCCGAGAUGGUAGAGGAACGACGGAUGCGUAUUGUGUCGCUAAAUACGGUCACAAAUGGGUUCGAACAAGAACAGUUAUCGACAGUUUGACUCCAAAGUUCAACGAGCAAUAUACUUGGGAAGUGUACGACCCGUCAACGGUUAUAACCGUGGGUGUUUUCGACAACUCUCAGGUCGAUAACGACUCUAAUUCGAAAGACGUGAGAAUCGGUAAAAUCCGUAUCAGAAUCUCGACACUUGAAACGGGUCGGGUUUAUACACAUUCGUACCCGUUGCUCGUUCUGCACCCGUCAGGUGUCAAGAAAAUGGGUGAGUUGCAUCUGGCGAUUCGUUUUUCGAGUACUUCAAUGAUGAACAUGAUGUAUACGUACUCGAAGCCACUGUUGCCUAGAAUGCACUAUGUGAGGCCGUUGACGGUGGUUCAGCUUGACCUGCUACGUCACCAAGCUGUCGGGAUAGUGGCGGCUCGACUCAGCCGAGCAGAACCGCCGCUGAGGAGAGAAAUAGUUGAGUUCAUGACGGAUGCGAAUUCGCAUCUGUGGAGUAUGCGGAGAAGUAAAGCGAAUUUCUUCAGGCUAAUGUCGGUUUUCAGUGGCGUUCUUGCGGUGAGUAAAUGGUUUGGUGAAGUUUGUUUGUGGAAGAAUCCGAUCACGACGGUGCUUGUUCACGUCCUGUUCGUGAUGCUCGUGUCUUUCCCGGAGCUUAUUCUACCGACGGUCUUCCUCUACAUGUUCCUUAUCGGACUUUGGAACUACUGGUUUAGAGCACAAUACCCUCCGCAUAUGAACACCCGGUUAUCAUAUGCUGACGGGGUUAACCCCGACGAGUUAGACGAGGAAUUCGACACGUUUCCGACUUCUCGCCACCCGGACGUCGUCCGGCACCGGUAUGACCGGUUACGAAGCGUGGCGGGAAGAAUCCAGUCUGUGGUGGGCGAUAUCGCAAGCCAAGGGGAAAGACUACAAGGCCUGCUGAGCUGGCGAGAUCCACGCGCUACGCUUAUAUUCAUGGUGUUCUGUCUUGUGGCUGCAUUUGUUUUAUACGCAACGCCGUUCCAGGUGCUUGUGAUACUGAGCGGGUUUUAUGUGAUGAGACAUCCGAGAUUUCGCCAUAGGUUGCCGUCUGCAGCGUUGAGUUUCUUCAGACGGCUUCCAGCGCGUGCCGACAGCAUGCUGUGAGUUUAAGUAUUUGGUCACAGGAUUCGUAUUGUGUUUGCGAUUUAUGUAUUGUAUUUUUGACUUUCGUAGCAUCGAAAGCGUUGGGUUGUUGAAUUUGCAAGUUGUUCGUGUUUAUAUGAUUCGAACAAUGUAUGUUGGUCUUGUUUGUAAGUAGAGGAUGGUUUUGUAGAUUGUAGCCAUCUUUCUGGGAUCAAAUAUACACUUUAGUUAAUGUAUCUUUGGCUGAAACUAUGAAACACAUCUUUGGCUUCUAA